CUCUCUUCAUGUCGCGUGUCCAGCGUCAUAAAUCUGUCAAUCUUGGCCAGUGUCGCGUCUCCACGCAUCAUUCGUUCUCUUUACCCUAACUCAUCAUUGAGCACCCACUAUUACCUCGAUAUAUUCUUCCAAAGAAAACCCUACAAUGUCCACCAACAAUACCAAUGCUACCUACACCUGGAACUGGCAAACCCGUGACGACGACUACGACUCCGACUCUACCAACGAGUUCCUCCCAAACUACCGCCACAACGAAAGCGACGAUGGCGACGACGACGACGACGACGACGAAAACAACGGUCUCCCGACGUAUAGAGCCCUUUUCCCCGAGACAAUCAUGGAGCCGCAGCCAGUCUGGACUCCUUCCUCCCCCUGCGCAUUGAGGUCUAGCCCUUACAUCGUCAACAUCAAUGAUCGUCUUCGUCAUGGGCGUAGAGAUGACGGCUUGGUUCCUGCACCUGUUCAGGUCCCGGCACCUGCUUCUGCCCAGACUCCUACUCAGGCUCGUGCUGAAACUUUGGCUCCAGCUGCUGACACUGACCCUGUCCCUGUCCCCAGCAUAGUCUCGAGAGAGAGGCAGCAGCUGGAGGUGGACCCUGAAUACGCACGCCAGGCGGAGAACGGCCGCAAUGAACAUAAGAGGAAGAACUUGACUUUUGCCGCUUUGUGUCUUCUUAUCUACGCUGUUGUCAUUCUCGGCGUUGUCGUUGGUGUUGUGGUGGUGACGGGGAAUUAA